UUGUCACUUCAAACCAUCUGACUUAGAAGUGACUCUUAAAUCCUCCUGUCAUUUCACUGUUAUCUGAUUUGCAGGAAUCCAAGACUUAAGCAAACAUGUCCAACCCCAGUGAGGCAGAACUCAUUCACAUGUUUAAGGGGAUUCCCUUUACCAUCAGGUCUUCUCCAGAACUUUUAAAAUCCUUGGAUACUUUUGAUGCUAGAGAAGAUGAUGUCCUUUUGGUUUCCUAUCCCAAAUCUGGCACUCACUGGCUUGCAGGAGUUACAGCAAAGCUUUACAAUACUCAAGUUACACUAACAUCACCCAUUGAAUUUGGAGACAUAUCCAGACUGGAGGAACUGAAUAAACUCUCAUCAAAGAGAAUCAUCCCAACGCACUUAGACUACAACAUGUUACCUCCAAAUUUUAAGAAAAAAAAAUGCAAGAUGAUCUACAUCAGCAGAAAUCCAAAAGAUACUGCAGUUUCCAUGUAUCAUUACUACAGAGAUAACCCAAACCUUCCCACUGUAGACACCUGGACUGCUUUCUUUGACUUGUUCUUAAAAGGAGAUGUUGUCUGUGGAUCCUGGUUUGAUCAUUUCCUAAGUUGGGAAGAACACGCAAAUGACAGAAACAUCCUGUUUUUGUUCUACGAAGACAUGAAGAAGGAUCUCUCUAAGAUUGUAAAGGAAAUUAGUCUGUUCCUGGGUUUAAACGUCAGUGACAAUGAUAUCCAAGACAUCUGCAAGAAGUCCUCUUUCUCAGAGAUGAAAAGCGACACAGAAAAGGAAAACAGUGAUCCCAGUCACACCGUUUGUGCACUGACAUCCAACAGGAGGCUGAUUUUCCGAAAAGGCGCUGUUGGUGAUUGGAAGAACCAUUUCACUCCAAAACAGAAUCGAAGGUUUGAGGAGAUAUUUAAUGAGAAAAUGAAACUCAGCAAAAUGGCAAGAAGUCUCACCUAUGAAUUUUGAGUCCAUGUGAAGAACAAUAUCCAGUUAUCAAUAAACACAAAUAGAGCAAUUGGUGGGAAAUUCUGAAUGGGGGCUCCCAUUCAGUUUACAAUCUUCCCAAUAGAAAGGAUUGUAAACAUGAGAUUUUGAGGACAGGAAAAU